ACAAAAGCAAUAAUUCGUUGCUAUGGGGAAUAAUAAACAACAAAAAAUUUAGUCAGAAAAUUUUCUGAAUAAUGGCAGAUUUGCAAGAACCCCUUUUUGUUCCUGAAGAAGUAAUGAAACAGGCUGAGGCAGCAUGUCUUAGUUUGCUGCCAAGAAAAUCUAAAGACAAUUACGACAAAGAGUUCCGCCAGUUUGAAGAAUGGAGGGAACAGCAAGGUCUGAAUGGAGUCAACGAAGAGGUCAUGCUGGCUUAUUUCCACAAUUACAGAAGAAAAUUGGCACCUUCUUCGAUGUGGACGAAAUAUUCCAUGGUAAAAAGUACUUUGAAGGUAUAUAAGAAUGUCGACAUAUCAAAAUAUGGAAAACUGAUCAGCUAUCUGAAGAAUGAAGCAAGGACUCACAAACCUAAAAAGGCGAAGACUUUGGAAAGAGAACAUGUAGAGAAGUUUUUGACACAGGCACCUGAUAGUAAAUACUUGAUGAUAAAGGUUGCAUUGGUAAUGGGGAUAUCAGGUGCAUCAGGUGCCUGUCGUUGUGAUGAAAUCACCAAACUGACAGUUGAUGAUAUUGAAGAUAAGGGAGGAUACUUAUAUGUCUCCAUACCCGACUCGAAGACAAAUGUGUCACGAAGUUUUACUAUCAUGACAGAAGGAUUCUCUAUAAACAUUCUGGAGCUGUACAGGAAAUAUGUUUCUUUGAGACCCAAGAACGUUUCACACCGCAGAUUUUUCGUGAAUUACCAGAAAGAGAAAUGCACUAUCCAGGCAGUUGGUAUAAAUACCAUAUCUAAGGUACCCCAGGCAGUUGCUUCCUUCUUGAACCUACCCGAAGCCCACUCAUAUACUGGACACAGCAUGAGACGUGCGUCUGCAACUCUUCUGGCAAACGCAGGAGCCAAUAUAACAACACUGAAACGCUACGGUGGAUGGAAAUCGUCCACGGUGGCCGAAGGCUAUAUCCAAGAUUCAGUCAACAACAAAAUCGAUAUAGCCAAAAAGGAUUCAAGGAGGCGCCAAAAAAAAAGUCGUUGA